GGCGUGAUUGUUACAAACGCAGCAAGAAACUCAGUGAAGUCAGACACAACCUGAAGUGAAAGGUUGAAUUCUUUCAUACCAACCAUGACAACCAGUAGCGUUAUUUACGAAGCACCUGAGUUUUCUCGGUUCCCAGCACCUGUACAAGUCAUUUCAAAGCUUUUUGGUUGCAUCCUGCCCAUUGUUCACAUUGCAAUCGGGGCAGUAUACCUGCAUGACUGUCCCCGGCAGCCCUACAUCCCCAUCUAUCUGAUCGUGUCGGGGGUCUUUGGCGUCUUGAUGGCAGUGUUCCCCUGUCUCCCCGGCACCCAGCAGCCCAGAGAUGGGCCUCCCACCUCCCUGAGCAGGGUCUGCACAUGCUGGAACUCGCUGAUGUCCACCUUCCUCUUCUGCUGGUUUAUUGCUGGUAAUGUGUGGAUCUACUCCAUUUAUCAGCCAAACUACGACAAGAACACAACGUCUGUAGAUCCCUACUGCGACAAGACUCUCUACCUGUUCUCCUUCUGGAUCACCACGCUGGUCUACAUCUUUCUGGGCUUGGCCGUGACCAUCGGCCUCUGUGCCUGCAUGUGUGCCUGCAUCUGUGGCCUGUCCCUGGGGACAUCAUCUACUACUUUUACUACUACUACUACUACUAGUCGUACUAUUACUACUGUUGGUGCCAUUUAACCGACGCUUUUAUCGAAAGCGACUUACAUCUGAGAGACACACAAGCAAGAAAUCACAUAGGAGGUCCAGCUGGAUCAGUGCUGGUCUGUCUGCUGUGUGCUAUUUUUUUUCUUAUGAUUUGCGUUUGUUUUUUGGUUGAAAUGUUCAUUCCCAACCCAACACAACAGUCACUUUAUACGAAAAAACUACAUCUUAAAAUUCGCCAUCAUAAUAUCAUCUUGUCAUAAGUGCAUGCAGCUUUCUCAGUGCUGCAAAGAGCUGGAUGAAUAUUCUAACUCAUUCUGAUGAGGAGAGAAGUUUACUAAAUGCAGAAGUGCUCCUUAAAGAGCUGGGGCCUCAUUUAUAAAGCUUGCUUGCGCACAGAACAGGGCUUGAAAGAUGCUUAAGCCACCUUCUACGCAAAGGUUGGGAUUUAAAAAGAAAAAACUAACCGAAAAAUGUGGGUAUCUCUACGCUACGCCAACCCUGACCCUCCUGUAGGUCGUAACAGUCGUAAGAUAUGGGGAACUGGCGACGCAGGCGGUGAGGUGGUGAAAUGAAGCCAUAUUCAUGUCAUACUGUUAAUGUCAUCACAUAUCAGACUUAUAAAUAUAUAUAUACUUAUAUAUAUACUAAUAUAAUAGCGCCGAUCGUGUCCCUCUAUGUUUGAUGCACAGCGUCAGUCAGGACACUGCUGCUGCAGCCGUGGUGGACACGCCGUGCCGGGGACCUCCUAGUCACCCACCGCGACAACUGGAGAGUGACUGAGGACAGAACAAAUGAGUGCCGGGCCACUCUACGGAGCCCCUAAAGGGACUCAGAUUUUUUUUUUUUUUAAUAUAUAAUGAGUUUUACGCGCGCGUGAUACCUCUACGCGCGGGCGUCAGCCUAAAUUAUGGUUCCGCGUUAAAACGACGCAGAGCCUACGGCGUAGGGUACGCGGCGACGCGCACCUACCGCGUAGGCUCUGCGUUGGUGUGAUGCGGAACCAUAAAUCAGCCUUGAGCAGCACUGAGGGGAGAUGGGAGGGGAGGAGCACUUUAAAAAGUGUGGGGGGACAAAAACAUGAUUUUGAAAAGUGGGGGUACAUGUCCCCCUGUCCCCAGUGGAAAUUGCGCCGUGGCACUCACAGCGUUUAGCACAGCAAUGGCGUGCUGCCACUCACUCGCUUUAUUUUAUACUAUUUAUAUGACGCGCAGAGAAACAGGCUGCAGGAAGCCGCUGCACAUGCUCAGCAGGCUCAUUUAUAUGCAAAUACUACUUUGCAUUGCCCAUUAAUGGUAUGAAGUGGGCGUGUAGAGGGUGGGAUAUGAGGCGAAUUCACCUGUGCAACCUUCCAGCUGGACUGUGAUUUAUAAAGCAAACAUUGCGUGCAAGUGUGCGUGCACACGGUUUUAUAAAUCCGGAUUUUUUUUUGCGCCCGCCAUUUUCGGCUUUUGGGUUUACGUGCACUUUUAGUAUGAAUCCUACACACUGUUUUAUAAAUGAGGCACCUGAGUCUUUAGCUUGUUCUUAAAAGUAGGUACAGACUCUGCAGAUCUGACAGAGUUCUGUAGGUCAUUCCACCAUCAGGAACAAUGGAGGAAAAUAGUCUAGCUACUGAUUUGACGCCACUUUCUGGUGGAAGAACCAGGUGUCUUUCACUGGCUCAGCGGAGCAAUCCAGGAACCUUCUUGCUGUGAAGCAACAGUGCUAACCACUAAGCCGCUGUGCUGCCUCGCUCUGGAAACACAUCUAACAUUAAAGUUCAUAAUCUGUAACAUAUCUGAUUCUAAAAUCUUUGAAACUUUUUUGAAAACACUUGUCUAAACAGCCAGAGGAGGAGUUCAGUUGACGUAAUACAUACAUACAUGUAUGUAUGUAUGUAUGUAUGUAUGUAUGUAUGUAUGUAUGUAUGUAUGUAUGUAUGUAUGUAUGUAUGUAUGUACGUACGUACGUACGUAGGUACGUACGUAUAUAUGUAUGUGAAUGAAUGAAUGAAUUUUUAUUUCAAACAUGUUAAUAAAAUGAAGUAAAAAUAAUAAUAAAAAGAUAAACAUUUACAUCUUCAUAUUCAGGAUUUUUUAUAUUCAACAGGACCUUUCUGUGUGGAGUUUGCAUGUUCUCUCCGUGCUUGCGUAGGUUUCCUCCGGGUAC